AUGGAUCAAAUCUGGCUACUGGGAGACUCACUCACUCAAGGCGGUUAUGAGAUAGAGAACAAGGGUUUCGCUGCGCGCCUCGCUCAUGCAUAUAUCAGAAAGCUCGACAUCGUCAAUCGCGGGCUGUCGGGGUACAAUACCACAUGGGCGCUUCGAGUGUUCAAGCAGAUAUGGCCUGUGUCGUCGUCUCGUGGGCCCAAAAUCCAUUUAAUUGCCAUCUGGUACGGCGCCAAUGACGCCGCGAUUCCACCGAAGGCGCAACACGUACCUAUCGAAGAGUUCAGGGCCAACCUCGAAGAGCUGGUUGACGUAGUUCGCAACCCCGAGAGCAAAUACUACUCACCUGUAACCAAGAUCAUCUUGAUCACGCCUCCUCCGGUCAACACUCAUCAAUGGGGAGCAUUCCAAGCCUCCAAGGUCCCGCCCCAACCGCUCGACCGUGAUUUUGAGGUUACGAAAGCUUAUGCUCAGGCUGUUCGUGACGUUGGCGCUGCUCUGUCUGUUCCCGUAGCGGAUGUGUGGACGCCCGUCUGGAAAGCAGCCGGUGAAAGCGAGGAAGCGCUGAAAGCAUAUCUCAUCGAUGGACUGCACUUGAACGCGGACGGUUACGACAUCGUAUACGGAACGCUGCUGGAAACCAUCGCCAGCAACUAUCCAGAACUGGGUCCAGAGCGGCUGAGCCCGGUUUUCCCCUUCACGGAUGAAAUUGACCACAACAACCUCGACGGGUCACUGAAGGCGAGGAGUCCUUUCUCACAACGAGCGUGAUGGAAUUUCUCCAGUUGCAUGCAGUGAAGCAUGAGCGACAGUAGAAGUUCGGGA